CUCCACUCCGCUCAGUUGGAAAUCGAAUCUCGCGCCGCACGAAUCGAACCGGCGGAAUCCGCAUCCGCGACUUGAACGCGGAUUUUGAUUUGUCGCCGUCGUCGUCGUCGUCGUCGUGGCUCUUUAAUUCAAUUGACGAUUCGAGCUGCGGCUGGUGUGCGCCGUUUCACUUUCAAGUGUACAUCUCACUGCUAAUAAAUUAUAAUCUCCGAAUGGGUAAAAUUAUAAUUAAAGGCUACACUUCAACGAAGCUCACAAUCAGAUAACAAAGUUGGGGCUAAAGCCAAAGAAGAUGAGAGCCAGUGGCGGGGCAAGCAAAACAAAGCCAAAAAGCGCAAAAACGGUCCAAAAACACAAUCAGAAACACGUUAAACGAGAAAUUGGUUUAAAAAACCUAUAUAAAUUUAGCCCAGUGUCACACCUGCGCGGGUUUUUGGGCAGCCGAAAAUUUGACAACGACCGCCUGUGCAUACACAAGGAAGUGUGGCACAAAUGAAAGUUAGGUGCAGAAGAGAGUUCCAGCAGUCGGGUCUUCGGGUUUCUUCAGAUAGGGCCGCUCACGUCGACGGGCGGAUUCAAAGUCUACAUGUGUCACAACAGCAACAUCGGCAAAUAAUUUAGUUGCUGCGCGGCGGCAAUUGAGGAGGCAGCAAUUAACCAAGACCACUGCAACUCAGAGGAAUAGUGGAAAAUCACUCAGACGUCUACACCCAGAUAUUCAGCUCCUGCAACAAAAUGAAGAACCGCCAGCGGGCGCGCCGAGUAUCGCUAAAUGAAAACCACAACAGAUACUUGGGCAGCGGCGGCGGCAGCAGCAGCAGCAUCGAUGUACAAAUAUUUACCAAUACAAAAGAGCCCAAUCAAGUCAAUUUAAAUUCAUCGUCAAAGCUGCUGGCGAGCUCAGCUACGACGACCUCAGCGGAGGCUGCUCUUCCCGCUUCGCUUCCAGUUGCUCAGAUAGCACAGCAGCAACAUCCACAGCAGCAGCAACAACUACAGAGACAGCAGCAACAACAGCUGAUUAUGCCGCCCACAACGAUGAUGGGCAAGUAUCAUCCAUCGCACGCAAAACUGAGAAAAUGCAAAUCGACACCCAGCCUCACUUUCGAUGGCCUGGAGCCGAUGGAGCCCGUGGAGGAGGAUCCCCACUGUCGCCGCAUUUCCCCAUUUCCACGGAACACCGCCUCGGAGGCUAAGCAAACGCAGCAACAUGAACAACUUCCACGCAUCAGCGGCAACCAAGGCAGCUGCCACAGCCACAUCAACGCCGGCAACAUCGGCAGCAGCAACAGCAAGUGCAACAGCAGCGCGACACCAACAACACCGGAGUCAAUGCGCUUUGGAUGCGCCCACUACAAGCGACGCGCCAUGUUUGUGACCCCCUGCUGCAACAAGUUCUACAAGUGCCGAUUUUGCCAUGACGAGAACGAAACGCACCACUUCGAUCGCAAGACCCUCACCGAACUGAUCUGCUCCGAAUGCAACAGGAGGCAAACGGUGCGGGAGCAGUGCGAAAACUGCGGAGUGCGCUUUGGAAAGUACACCUGUCUGAUCUGCAACCUCUUCGACGACGCGGACAAGCAGCAGUACCAUUGUCACGGAUGUGGCAUCUGUCGGAUUGGCGGGGCCGAAAACUUCUUCCACUGCGAGGUCUGCAACAUGUGCCUGCCCAUCCAGUUGAAGAUCGACGGCCACAGGUGCGUGGAGAACAUCUCGCGAUCCCACUGCCCGGUUUGCCUGGGAGACAUCCACACCUCGCGCAUUCCCUGCCAUAUUCCCGACUGCGGCCACCUGCUGCACAAGAUGUGCUUCGACCAGCUGCUGGCCUCCGGCCACUACACCUGUCCCACCUGCCAGACCUCGCUGAUCGACAUGACGGCGCUGUGGGAGUACCUGGACGACCAGGCGGAGCGCAUGCCGGUGCCCCUCAAGUACGAGAACCAGCGAGUGCACAUAUUCUGCAACGAUUGUCACAAGACUUCCAAAACCAAAUUCCACUUCAUCGGACUCAAGUGCGUGCAUUGCGGCGCCUACAAUACCACGCAGGAUGUGAAGAGGCGUCUGUCCCUGGUCACCGAUGAGCCAUCCUCGGCGUGAUGUCCACCGAUUAUCAUCAGCAUCAGCAUUCACAUUCGCAUCUGCAACAGGAAAUCUCUUGCCAUGCUACCCACGUUUGAGGAAACUAUUUUGUUAGCUAACACAACACAACUGAAAUUGAAACGCAUUGAAUUUAGACCAAGUUCGAGCUGGUAUCGAAUAUAAACCACCCAUAAACAAACAAAAGGCUCACUAAAUUCGAGUGUAAACUCAAAACCUCUGGAGAUUUGAAAACAUUAGUUAGGUUUAAUGGAAAUAGAUGGUUUCAAUAUUGUGAUAGGGCUAUAACGAUAUUUCCAUACUUAUUGUUUUCCAAUCUCUAGGGGAUUGUACAAACCCCAAUAAAAUAUACACUUUACAGAUUGGUAAUAACUAAAUUUCACUCGAAUUAAGUAUUCCACUUGCAAAAAUCUCUGUAAUUCUCGAAUUUCUCCGUGAAAAUUUAAUUUUAGAAAAUAACAUUUUAAAACUCUUAAAAUUCCGUUACCAUAACUGCUUAAUAAAAUAGAAACCUACAAAAAGAAUAA